GAGGAAGAAGAGUGAAUAGCGAACGCCUGAUAGUGGACGUACGUUUCAAAAUGGCGUUGUCAACAAAGAUAAUCAAAGCUCUGUUUUAUUGAUGUAUUUAUAAUUUUUAUUUGUUCAAUACGUAUAGUUUAUUUAAUUUCGGUGCCAAGUAUUCAAUGAAAGAUGAACGGGUUAAGUUUCAGUGAAUUUUGUUGCCUAUUUUGCUGUCCACCAUGCCCUAGUAGAAUAGCUGCAAAAUUAGCAUUCAUCCCACCUGAGCCAACUUACGAAUUUGUCUCAGACGAAUCUGGUAAAUGCAGUUUUGCUUUGUCAGAACGAGCAGAGUGGCAAUUUACGGAGCGGGAAAAAGAAUUCAUCGAUGCCUUCUACACACGAACAACAAGAGGAAAUAGAAUAGCCUGUGUAUUUUUAAGGUGCUGCAGUACAGCUAGGUUCACUAUACUCUUUUCACAUGCCAAUGCUGUGGAUCUUGGACAGAUGAGUAGUUUCUAUUGGGGCUUGGGGACCCGAAUGAACUGUAACGUAUUUGGUUAUGACUAUUCAGGGUAUGGGGUCAGUGGGGGAAAACCUUCUGAAAAGAACUUAUAUGCUGAUAUUGAUGCAGCGUGGCAAGCUCUUCGGACGAGAUAUGGAAUCAGUCCUGAAAAUAUUAUUCUUUAUGGCCAGAGCAUUGGUACUGUACCAACUGUUGACUUAGCUGCUAGAUAUGAAGUUGGGGCUGUGAUAUUACAUUCUCCUCUUAUUUCUGGAAUGAAAGUAGCUUUUCCUAAUACCAAGAGGACAUGGUUCUUCGAUGCAUUUCCAAGUAUCGAUAAAGUUCCAAAAGUGAUGUCUCCUACCCUAAUCAUUCAUGGGACUCAAGAUGAAGUUAUAGAUUUCUCUCAUGGACUGACUAUUUUUGAAAAAUGUCCCAAAGCUGUUGAACCUCUCUGGGUGGAGGGAGCAGGGCACAACGAUGUAGAGCUGUACCCAGUUUAUCUCGAAAGACUAAAACAAUUUAUAACCAUCGAGUUGGAUAACUGACAAUUACUGAAUGGCGAGGAGUGCACAUUUAGUUCAGGAACUUCUGGAACUUCUAGUUCUGUUAGCGAAAAACUUCUGUAGCGUAAGGAUGCAGGGAUGACUGACGAACUGCCACUAAUCAAAGGAACGUCGUCUCCCUGCAAGGUCCGUGCUCCCUCGCAAUUGGCUACCAUUUGCCCCGAUAUGUCUUGUAUCGCGCAUAUGCAUUGCCAAUGUUUGUUGUUCGAGACCACAUGUUAAGUUCUGAAUAUGAUUUGUAUCUGUCUCUUGUCGGAAACUUUCUAAUAUUGGUUACCACCUUAAGCGGUUGCGACUCUUUAAUACCCUGAAUGUGUUUUCAUAUGUAACUUUGAGGUAAAUUUCAGUCGAUAUAUUGUAUGUCACUGAAUGUAUAAUACUUUUAAAUCCAGUGUUUUUUUGUAAUUAGAAUGUUGAUCAGUUGAACUUACCUGAAUACUUUUGUUUCUUUUGAUAUUGUCUGAUUUAAAUUAAAUUCUUAUUUGUUUAGUAUAUUUUCUUUAUUUGUUUAUCUAUACAGUGCCCGCGUAAGUAAUGAGACCUCUCUUUUGUUUUUUGAACCUUAAUAGCUGUUGUCACAAAAUUUGGGACGCCUACAUAAGAUCAAAUUAUCCAUUUUUUGACAUAAAAAUGACGGCUGAAAAUGUCAGUGACGGUUUUACGCCAUUUUCGAUAGAUUUUUGAGUGACACCUUUUUUGAAGGUCUGUUCAUCCUCCCGUCAUCCUUCAAUUUGUAGAUCAUUUGUUUUGGAUUGCCAAUUAAAUAUCUGAUGAGUUUGUUGAUUUUUAUAACCCUGCACAAAAUAGUGUUUGUACCUAAAGUAACUCCACUCUAACUGUAAUUAUCACAUAGAGCAAGGCACACAUAAAGUGAGUGCCACACACCAUUAUCCAUUUAUCAACUCGGAAAAACAGCUUAAUUUUUAGGAAUUCUGUUUUAUUAAAUGUUAAAAAUUUAAAAUCAGUUAGAUUUAUAUCUUCACACCUGUAAAUUUAACUGCUCUUACUUGACGCAUACACUGUCUAGUACAUUUUUAUUAGUUUUCGUAUCCAGUUCGCUUAAAUAUACACAUUUUUUUCGUUAUUUUACUGUUCGAUUUUCUAGAGUAGUAACUUUAUUAUUUAUACUGAAAGUUUUUGACACAUACAUAUACAUGUACAAGUUUGAAAGCUUGUUUCUCUUAUAUAGAGGAAGUAUUAUUUAAGAUAGCUUAAGAGCGUUGAUUUGAAUGCAAAAAUGGUUUAUAAACGCACAUUGGAAUAAAAACGGUCGCCUGAUCGUACCCCAAUAGACGUUUGCCUCUGGGGAUAUCUCAAGAGUUACGACAUCAUGCAAAAUUUUGAACAUUUAAUAAAAUAGAAUUCCUAAAAGUUCAGCUGUUUCUCGAAGUUGAUAAAUGGAUAAUGGUGGUGCCUCUCAUCUUAUAAAGUUAAAAAUAUCUUGGAAGGUGGAGUCGGUUUUUCCUCGUACAGUGUUAAAAAACAAACUCAUCAGAUAUUUAAGCGUUAAUCGGUCAUUCGAAAAACAGUGAAACAAAUGAUCGACAAAUUGAAGCUUGACUGAAGGAUGAUCAGACCUUCAAAAGAAUGUGUCACUAGACCGCCCAUUCCAUUAGGAAAAAUAAGGAGAACGGCGUAAGACUGUCACUUUGACAUCUUCAGCAGUAAUUUUUAUGCCAAAAGAUGGACAAUUUGAUCUUAUUUAAGAGUCCCAAAUUUUGUGACAAGAGCUACAAAGGUUUAAAAAAUAAAAGGGGGUCUCAUUUUUUACGCGGGCACUGUAUAUAUAUAUAUUCGUAUACAACAUAUAUGUCUGUACAUGUAGAAUUAAAAGUAGAUUAUUUUUUA